AUGAAUAAGGAGAACUUAAAUCCAACAAAUGAAGCCACUACGGACUUCAAUAUGCCAUUAAAACCCGUAAACACGAAUAUAUCACUAGAAACAAAUAAAUCACCAACUAAUGAUAACAUAGAUAAACAUUUUCAAUUAAUUCAUGAAACAAAUUCAGAAAUUCAACAACAAUUAUAUAGAGUUGAAACAUCAACUGCUCAAACAAAUGUUGAUUUAGAACAACUUUAUGUUAGAUCUAAGAGUAAUAAUGAAAAUUUAAAUAAAUUAUUAAAAAAUAUAGUUGACUAUUCUAAUGAAGUUAUAACGGAAGGAAAUGCAACCAAAUCUGAUAUGAGUUUGGUAUUGAAAAAAUUGGAAGAUAUACAAUUGAGACAGAAGGAAAAUAAAAAUGAUUUUAAUAUUAAUAAGAUUAAAGAUGAAAUACGAUCCUUUCUAGAAGAAAGAGAUUUUAAUGAUAUGGAAACAAAAAUGGAAGUUGAAAAAUUAUAUAAUUACUUAAAAGAUAAUCAAAAUAAGAUAUCUGAUCAAAUACGGAUUGAUUUAGAUAAAAUGUCCAAAAGCAAUGAUAUCAAACUUGACAGGAUGCUGGAUCAAAUUAACGAAUUGAAGCAUGAACUGAAAUCAACGGGAAAUAUCCAAAAGAUUGAACAACUACUAGAGAAUUUUUCAAUUGACAAUAAAUUAAAUUUAAACAUCACCAAUAAACAACAAGAAUUAUCAUCAAUAGAAAAUAAAAUACAAACAUUAGAACAAAAAUAUAAUCUACUAUCAAAUAAAUAUAAUGAAAAAUUUAAUCAAUUUAUAAAUUUACAACAAAAAUUUGAAAAUUUAUCAAAUGAAAUUAAUGAAAUUCAAAUUAUAAAUCAACCUAUGAAUCAAAUUAAUAAUUUAAAGAAAUUUCAUAAAUCAAAUUUAGAAAAGAUUGAAGAGAAACAACAAAAUUUAAUAAUGAAUAAUAGGCAAAGAGUUGUAAGUACACCUGUAAGGUUCACAAAUAAUUCAGACGAUGAAAAAGAUAAUGAUAACAACAAUAAUGACAAUAUAACGUAA